AUUAAUAUAGCUUGUAGCUUACGUAAAACCGGUGCGACUAUAAAUAAGAAGAGGUGUUGUAUAGUCAAUCGCAUAGCAAAUACUAUACUAAAGAUGAAUACGAAAACGUUUAUCGUAUGGUUUAUUUUGUUAGUGGCUGUUGUCGUGACCGUCGCCAAAGAGACUUCCGUGGAGGACAAGAAAGAUGCUAAGAAGGUAGAGAUACCAACAGUGGAAGGCAAAGGAGACGCUGCCGCUGAGGCAGUCGUUGAAGAAGAGAAGGACAGCAAUUAUGAAGUGGAUAACCGAGGAGGAGGAGGAUGGAAGGGAGGCGGUGGCCAAGGGGGAGGAUGGAAAGGAGGCGGUGGCCAAGGUGGAGGAUGGAAAGGAGGUGGUGGCCGAGGAGGAGGCGGUGGAGGAUGGAAAGGAGGUGCUGCCGAGUUGGACCCCGAGGAUAUAAAAGGUGGUUCAGAAGAUGUACAAACGUAUAAAGGCGGCGGCGGUGGUGGAGGAUGGAAGGGAGGCGGCGGCGGUGGUGGAGGAUGGAAGGGAGGCGGCGGCGGUGGUGGAGGAUGGAAGGGAGGCGGCGGCGGUGGUGGAGGAUGGAAAGGAGGUGGUGGCCGAGGCGGCGGCGGUGGUGGAGGAUGGAAAGGAGGUGGUGGCCGAGGCGGCGGCGGUGGUGGAGGUUGGAAAGGAGGUACUGCCGAGUUGGACACCGAGGAUAUAAAAGGUGAUUCAGAAGACGUACAAACGUAUAGAGGCGGCGGCGGCCAAGGUGGUGGAUGGAAGGGAGGAGGCGGCCGAGGAGGCGGUGGUGGUGGAGGAUGGAAAGGAGGUGCUGCCGAGUUGGACACCGAGGAUAUAAAAGGUGAUUCAGAAGACGUACAAACGUAUAGAGGCGGCGGUGGCCAAGGAGGAGGAUGGAAGGGAGGCGGCGGCCAAGGUGGAGGUUGGAAGGGAGGCGGUGGCCAAGGUGGAGGUUGGAAGGGAGGUGGCGGUCGAGGAGGCGGUGGUGGUGGAGUGUAGAAUAACAUCUCCACUAAUAACUACAACAUAAAUAGUACGAGUAUAAAUGUUAAGUGUAUGCAAAAAGUGAACUAUCAUAAAUAACGUUCGAUGCACGGUUUUGACGUACGGUUAAUUAGCCGAUGCAUUAUGCUGCAUAGCCUAGCCCGAACCUUAGAGGUCGGUGUAAGUAAUCUUUUUUCUCUCCGUAUAUCAAUAUAAAUGCUGUUGGGUUAAUUUUA